AUGAAUGAGAUAACUAAAAAGAAUGUGUUUGGAGAAGUUGUCGCACAUGUGCACACCAUAGAAUUUCAGAAACGUGGACUGCCGCAUAUGCAUGCGUUAAUAUUCUUGGAGAAGUCACAGAAAAUAUGUACGGUUGAACAGGUAGACAAAUUUGUUUCAGCCGAACUUCCGGACGAGAAAGAAAACCCAAUACUCUUUGAUACAGUGAGGAAAUGUAUGGUGCACGGACCAUGUGGUGAUAGAGAUCUAGAGUGGCCUUGCAUGAGAGAAGGAAAAUGUACUAAAAAUUACCCAAAAAAAUACAAUGAUGCUACGUGUUUAGAUGGUGGAGGGUACCCAGUCUAUCGGCGACGGGAUAAUGGAAAGGAAGUAAUCGUUCGCAAUAGACGCAAGGCAUACAAUACUGAUGUUGUACCUUACAAUCCACAUUUAUCGAGAAUGUUCAACUGCCAUAUAAAUGUUGAAGUAUGUGCUGGCAUAAGAGCAGUCAAGUACAUAAAUAAAUACAUCUACAAAGGAUAUGAUAAAACAACAGUUGUUGUUGGACCAAAAGAUGAGGUUCAAAUGUAUAUAGAUGCAAGGUAUAUUGGACCUCCUGAAGCUGCAUGGCGUUUGUACGGUUAUUCAAUGCAUAAGGAACAUCCGCACGUCGAAAGAUUGGCAAUUCACUUUCCCGGGAAGCAAAAAAUUAUCUACGAAUCAGCAGGGACAAUAGACGAUGUUGCGGAAAAAGCUGAGAACUAUAAGUCAACGUUAAUGACUUACUUUGAGUAUUAUGCUGAAAAUCCAACAACACCCGCAUAUACGUACCACAAGUUCCCACAACACUUUGUGUGGCUUGAUGACCACAACACUUUGUGGACAAUUAGGCAACAGGGUGCCAAUUCGUUUGAGCAACUAAAAAUAGUGAAAGGAGAAUUGCAUCAUACGUUCAAGAAAGCCUGCAUUGCACUUGGAGUACUAGCAGAUGAUGGUGAAUGGCUAGAAUGUCUUGAAGAGACUGGAUAUCCAAACCGGCAACCAACUGAGGAAUCUAUUCAAGAUCAUCUUAUCUGA